CCCUCGGCAUUGAGAGCAUGGAGUUCUAACCACUGAACCGCCAGGGAAUUCCCACCCUCCUUAGACUCUCCUUGAAGACUCCCCUGAUUUUCCUCUCUGAAGCCUUCUCCUUCCUUUUUCCACUUUGAGGGCCUCCUCACAAAAGAAUCCCUCCCCCUAUAGUAGUGGUUCUCGGAGUGUUGUCCCUGGACCAGCAACAUCAGCAUCACCUGAGAACUUGUUAGAAAUGCAAAUUCUUAGGUCCCAACCCAGACCUGCUGAAUCAGAAAACCUAGGAGUAGGGCCCAGCUGUUUUUAGGAACCUUCCUGGUGAUUCUGAUGCAUGCUCAAGUUUGAGAACCACUGCCCUCUAAGAGGAUUUCCCUUUCCCCACAGAAAGCCCCCCUGAAAGAUAUCUCAGCAUAUGCCUCUGUGCCCUACUGCCCACCCCCAUUUUCCUGGGAGUCCCCUUUGUGAAGUACCUACCCUCCAGAAGAUUCCUUACCCUCUUUGAAAGGUUUCUGGUUUCUCCACAAGGUUACCCCACCCUCUGAGCAAUUACUUCAUAUUCCGUCUUUGAAUGGUUCCCUUUCAGAUCUUCCUCAGCAUUUUCUCCUUCUGGCUUCCCCUCCACCCCUCCAUACCAUCCCCUUUCUGUGCUUCUGCUUCAAGUUGCUCCCUUCUUGAACACACAUGUCCAUCUCUUCUCCUUAUCUAUUCCUCAUCUGUUCUCCACAUAGGCACCCUUGCCUUAAGGCACCUUCCAGUCUUUUCAUUCUCUGUGUCUUACUGCCCAGAGCCUUCCAUUGUACUUCUUAGAGCACCGCUCAUCUUCUUCCUUGUAGUUUUUCAUGUACUUGUCCACUCAUCCUCACUGGCCUGAGAGUUUGGAAAGUACCAGGAUGUAACUUGUUCUUUUCUGAAUCCCACAAGCUGGGAUCCUUCCCUCUGUAAGUUAUUAGGAAUCAUUGGCUCAUGGGCAGCUCUUCCUGCAUUUGGUCAGAAAUCUCUGAGUUCCUUACUCUCACUCCCCAUUCAGGUUCAACACAUCUUAUCCACCCCCUCCUCUCCUCUCCCCUCUUUUAUUCUCUCUACCCAGCUCCUUUUGCCACUCCUCCUAGGAGAGGCUGCCUUCCCCACCCUCUCUCAUCUGGAGCUUUUCUUUGUGCUGUUUCCUAAUUCUUAGCUACCCCACGUCCUAUUCCUGGGGAUCUGCCUCACCCCAUCCUAGUUGGCUUCUCAGCCCUCCUCAGCCUUUGUAGGUUUGGGGCCUCCACAGGGCUCUCAACUUUCUCCAAGGGUUUUUGUUUCUCUCUAAGUUUGAGAAGAAUAAACAGAUCACGAGGUAAAUACUGGGGCUGGCCUUCAGGGAGCUCACAGUACAGUAGAUAGGUUGGGCAGGUACACGGGACAGAACGUGAGGUACAAAUUAUAUACUGUGGAAAUUUGGCAGUGAGAGAAGGCACCCUCUAUCUGGAGAGACUUCAUAGAAGAGGUGGUAUUUGUUCUGGGUGCUGUUCCACAAGAGUUGGGACAAGGAUGAGUGGUCUUCCAGGCAGAGGAUGCAGCUUAUGCAGUGGGUGAAAGACAAGAAAGACUCUUCAUCUCUAACCCAUGGCAUCUCUUCUCUUCACCUAAAGGACAGAGGUGAAAGAAAACAGAUCUCUUCCAUCUGCAUUGUAUUUGCCAGUUGCACUCUAGUGACCCACAGAGUAAUAAUGUUAAUGACCACUGUUUAUUGAGUAAUUAUUAUCUGCCAGUCACUGUUUAAGUGCUUCACAUGUAUUGUCUCAUCUCAUAUUCACAGGAACUCUAUGAGGUAGGUAAACUGUGAUUAUCCUCAUUUUACAAAGGAUGAAAUUGAGGACAGGUGGCACAAAUAGAAGGUCUCUGGGCUCUGUCCGUCCCAGGAUGAUAGUGUCUGGGGUCAGAGAGUUGGAUUUUCUGUUCAGAUAGGGUUGGGUGCAAUGGGGCAUUGUAGUGUAGUGAUCAAGUAUGCAGACUCUGGGGCCAGACAGGAUUUGCAUCCCACAUCAUUGCUUACCCCCUGUUUUGUGACCUAGGACAAGUUAUUGAACUUCUCUGGUCCUUAGUUUCCAGAGUUGAAAAAUGAAGGUAAUAAUAUCUUACUUCAUAGAACUAUUAUAAGGAUUAAAUAAGUUAAUAUGUAUAAAGUAUUUAGAACAAUGCCUUGUAUAUAAGUGCUCAGUUUUAGCAAAAAAAAAAAAAGUUCAUAUCAACCAAGACUCUAAGAUAUAGGUGACAGUACGUUAGCUCAAACUGGUUUAAUAAAAAUAAAGAGAAUUAAUUGGCUCAUGUUACUGAAAAGUCCAGAACUAGGAUGGCUCUAGACCUACCUGCAUCCAGGAGUUCAAUAUUCCUAGUAAUCUCUCCCCAUUUCUCCACUGACUUAGCUUCAUCCUCAACUGGUUUCUGCUUUGUGACGGCAAAGAUGACCCUCAGCAACUGUAGGCUUAAACCCUACCUUCUUAGCAGUCUCACUGGAAAGAGAACUCUUUCCUGAGAGCCCCAGUUUGAAAACAGUUUCCUCUCUGAAUAAGUGUGAAAUGGUGACAGAAGAUCCUUUGAGACAUGUUUAGGUGAGCGGCAGUCUUAGAGACUCUCUUGCUUGCUAAACCAGACAGGACUGUGAUUCCAUCCCAUGACCUUUCUGAGGGUUGAUGGUAGUCCCCCUCUUCACUGUUCCCCAGCCCCAAUCAUUCUCUUCUCUAUGGUCGUUUGGAUCCAGAGAGUUUAUGGCUGGUCUCACCCCACCAGACUUGCCUUUGGGAUCUCACUGGGAGAAACAGGAAUGAGAUGACUGGCCUGGUUUGGUUAUAGCCUUGGGGUAGUGGAAUCCAGGAGUACUCAUGUUCAGUUCCUUACCUCAGCUUUGGGUUUCUAGGGCUCAGAACUUUAGAAGAAGGUUAAGUAGAUUACUGUGAGUAGAGUUUUGUUUUGUUUGUUUUAGGGUAAAUUUGUUGAAUAGAGUCUGGUCGAGGGCAAGUAACAGAACAGCAGUGUAGAGUGUGCACAUCUCAGACGUCUCCAGCAAUUAAACAAUUUAUGAAAGCACUUUUCUAGGUACUGGAGAUACACCAGUGAAUGAAACAGUCAAGGUCUUAGCGCUCUUGUGUCUUAUAAUCUGAUGGAGGGAAGAUAUAUAAACAAAAGAAAUCAGGUAGUGAUAUGUGCUAUGAAGGAAUUAAAACAGUGUGAAGGGGGUGGGAGGUUGGCCACUGUACACAGGAUGGUCAGAAUUGGCCUCUUUGAGGAGGUGACAGUUGAGCCUGAUAACCUGAAAGAUGAGAAGGCACCAGUUGUGGGAAGAUCUAAGAGCUGGGCAUUCUAAUCUAAGCAUAGUUACAUGUGGAGAAAGGACUGCUGCAAGGUGGGGAAAUUUUUCACAGAUGCUUACUGAGGGUCUGUUAUGUGCGAGGUACUAUUCUAGGAAUUGAAAAUGUAGCCGUGAAUAAUACAGCCACAGUCUUCCUUUCCCUCGUGGAUCUUACAGUCUAGGUGUUUCCGGAAGAGCUGCAGCCUUUGAAGAAACACUUUUUGACGACGAUAUCAGACCAAAGACUCCUUCCUACUGGGGAGAUGAGGAAGAUUGGGGCACACAUGAACCCAGAUCUGAUUGAUGAGAAGGAACCAGCCAUGUGAUGAUCUGGGGAAGAACAUUUCGGGUAGAGGGGUCAGCCAGUGCAAAACCCCUCAGAUGUGUUCAAGGAACAUCAAGGAGCUCGUUGUGGCUGAAGCAUAAGUGAAGCAGAAGGGGCAAGGGCUUGGAGUGGUUGACAGAGGCCAGAUCAUGUGGGGCCUUGUGGGCUAUGGAAGAAGCAGACUGCUUGGCCUUAAAAAUCUCAGCUUAGCUGUGUGCAGUCUUGGGGAUUGACAGCCAGACCAGUUUGCUCUGUUCAACUGUCCCACUGAGGAUCUAUUGAGGAGCCUGGAGAGGAGUGGCUAGACCAAGACCUCCCCCGAUGUGAGCAGGUGUCCUCCUCCCUGCACCACCCAUUGCCACCACGCCAGGGAACAUCCUCAAGCCCUGGCCCUCAGGGGAGAGGUAACAGGAGCCCGCAGCCGAGACCAUGUGACGGCGCUGGCCCUUGCCACCGCCGUCCCCCCCACCCUGGCCCCAGGCCUGGCACCAUGAUGUUCCGAGACCAGGUGGGCAUCCUCGCUGGCUGGUUCAAGGGCUGGAAUGAGUGUGAACAGACAGUGGCCCUGCUGUCACUUCUGAAGCGGGUCACCCGCACCCAGGCCCGCUUCCUACAGCUCUGCCUGGAGCACUCACUGGCGGACUGCAAUGACAUUCACCUGCUGGAGUCGGAGGCCAACAGUGCUGCCAUCGUCAGCCAGUGGCAGCAGGAGUCCAAAGAGAAGGUGGUGUCCCUCCUGCUGUCCCACCUACCCCUGCUUCAGCCAGGCAACACAGAGGCCAAGUCGGAGUACAUGAGGCUGCUGCAGAAAGUGCUGGCCUACUCGAUUGAGAGCAAUGCCUUCAUCGAGGAGAGCCGCCAGCUGCUCUCCUAUGCCCUCAUCCACCCGGCCACCACUCUGGAGGACCGCAAUGCGCUGGCCCUCUGGCUGAGUCACUUGGAAGAGCGGCUAGCUAGCGGCUUCCGCACCCGGCCUGAGCCCACCUACCACUCACGCCAGGGCUCGGAUGAGUGGGGUGGCCCUGCAGAGCUGGGCCCUGGGGAGGCAGGACCAGGCUGGCAGGACAAGCCACCCCGGGAAAAUGGACACGUGCCCUUCCACCCACCCAGCUCAGUGCCGCCAGCCAUCAACAGUAUUGGGAGCAACGCAAACGCAGGUCUCCCCUGCCAAAUCCACCCCAGCCCGCUGAAGCGCUCCAUGUCGCUCAUCCCCACGAGCCCCCAGGCCCCUGGUGAGUGGCCGAGUCCAGAGGAGCUUGGGGCCCGGGCUGCUUUCACCACGCCCGACCACGCACCCCUCUCGCCCCAGAGCAGCGUGGCCUCCUCUGGCAGCGAGCAGACGGAGGAGCAGGGCUCCAG